AAGCUUUGCGCGCACCGCGCACCUCCCACAGGCUGCACCAUGGCAGCUUCCCGCCUGGCCAGACAUUGCUCCAGACAGGCAUGGAUUCGUGCCGUGCGAAGCUUCUCGACCGAUUUGAAGCAAACACUGACCUAUGAGGAGCACCUCAAAGAGGGUGGCAAGAUGGUGGACUUUGCAGGCUAUGCCAUGCCUGUGCAGUACGAAGCAAAAGGGAGCAAACAUGCGCUGAGCAUUAUCGAUUCAACCAAGUGGACUCGAGAGAGCGCCUCUCUCUUUGACGUGAGUCACAUGUGCAGCAUUAGGUGGACUGGCAAGGACGCCUUUGACUUCGUUGAGAGGGUCACCACCGCCGACGUCUACGGACUUCCUGCAAUGACGGGCUCUCUGAGUGUCAUCACCAAUGAGCGAGGUGGUGUCAUUGAUGACACACUAGUGACCAAGUGCAGCUCUAAAGAACAUGGAGAGCAUGUCUAUCAGGUGGUGAAUGCUGGUUGUGCACCAAAAGAUUUGAAGCAUUUUGAAGAGCAGUUGGGCAAGUUUGGCGGCGAUGUCAAAAUGGAGGUCAUGUGGGACAACCGAGGGCUCUUUGCGAUCCAAGGGCCCAAAGCAGCAGAGGUCCUUCAGCGCCUCAGCCCUUCUACAGACCUGAAGUCUGUGCCCUUCGGCCAGUGCUUUUGGAUGACACUGGAAGGUGCUGAGUGCCUGGUGUCUCGGUGUGGCUACACAGGUGAGGAUGGCUUUGAGGUCUUCGUUCCCGGUUCCGCUGCCGUGCCGGUUUGGCAAUUGCUGACCUCACAAGCCGAAGUGCGGCUGGCAGGGCUCGGAGCCCGUGAUUCCCUGCGCCUGGAAGCCGGGCUUUGCUUGUAUGGUCAUGAGCUUGAUGAGGACACCAGUCCUUGUGAAGCUGGUCUCAGCUGGGUCAUUCCCAAGGCUAGACGUGACGGAGCUAAGAACAAAUUCAUCGGAAGCGAUGAAAUUCUAGCCCAACUCUCCGACAAGUCGCGAUACAAGAGACUGCGUGCUGGGCUGAUGCCGGCAUCUGGACCGCCAGCUAGAGAAGGAGCUGAGAUCGAGACCUUGGACGAGCAGGUUGUCGGGAAGGUGACCAGCGGAAGCAUGUCCCCUUGCUUGAAGAAGAACAUCUCGAUUGGCUACAUCAACAAGCCCCACAACAAGCAGGGCACCGACCUGCAAGUGGUGGUCCGUGGCAAGCGGCAUCCAGCGAAAGUCGUCAAGAUGCCUUUCGUGCCCACCAAAUACUACAAACCCUGAGCUGGGCAAAGUUGCCGCAGCCUCACCUCACACAAUUGAGUUCGCACAUCUUGGACAGGCCUUCAAGUUUGGACACCUGCCCUCCUUGCGGAUUGAUGGACAUGGCAUGACACGACCAAACACAAACGGCCCUCUGAAAGGC